CGUGCUUUGCGUUAGUAUCGGACCGCUUUCCAAACCGGGUCCCUGUUCUGGAGUUGAAUAUAAAAGAGCACUUACACACUUGCACGACCUUGCGCAUCGAGCAGCGAUAGUGUGAUAUUGUGGAUGAGCAGCGUCUACCGUUCGGCACGAUCGCUGUACAAGCAGCUGGGCCGAUUACUACACUUACGCACUCAUCAUCCAAACCACCGCGACAGCCACUCGACAAGUUGACGGUUACGCUGAUAAGCGCAAUAUCGGAAUCGAAUGAUUCCGCAACAAUUUCCAUCAGCUGAGCGCGUACUUGAAUCUCUCGCCACCCGUCCCUACGCACCCUGCCGGUACUGAUUAGGCCGCGACUAUUGCUUCCCCCACGCAGAGGGUUAAAGUACUGAACCCUUCCACGUACCACGCGCGAUCGUACGAACGUGCGGAAGUGAACAGUGUGUUUACGGUGAGUGUGUGUGUUUUAAGGGACUCCAGCCACGCGAUCGUGGAGUUAAAGGCACGCAUAGAAAACAAAUAAACAAACAACAGCGGGGUUCACCUGAGUAAAGUCUACCGACGUUGGUUUGGCUUUUAGUGGCGGAUUUCAUAGGAGCUCCAGCGAGUCUUUGAAUAUUUCGAGCAGCCACCUUCUCGUUAUUCAUCUUUACUCAUCCUCAAAUCCACCUUGAACCACCGAAACAGCAAAUCCAUUAACGUACGUGCGCUGUUACCUCUGACCCAUCUUGGGGGAAAUGCAACGAACGCUUUUCAUCGAUUUGCAACCACUACUACAUCGCCCGGAGUGCACUUUCCCAAAAUAGAUUCGCUCUACCUUUCGCUACCGUGCUCUCGUGCGCAUUACCGGGAUUAGCAUAUAGUAUACAACGCUCUUAUGCUCUUAAGCGAACGUUCACACGACUCGCCGUACAACAAAUGCCCACCUAACGAGGUGUAGAAAGUGCAGCAACAGCAACAAGGAAAACAAAUCAAUAGACUUGUUUCAUUAUUAAUAAGCCGGUUUUUGUGAGCGUAGGGUUUCCGGUUCUCUGGCUGGUGGCUUGAUGAUAUGUAAGUUGGAUGUGGAGCGAUCGUACACGUAACGUAACGCCAGCGGAAAUAUCAAGAGGCGUGAAAAUUAUACCCACUCCGGGUAUGAAUCGAUAAGGCUGAGCAAGAUAUUGAUUGCAAACGACAGUUAGAGCCAAUGAAUGAAGCCGCUGAUGUAGGGCGGAAAAAUAGCAACCGAAUCGAUCGAGUUCAGAUGAAACGUGUUGCAACUGUCGCCAGAAGCACGGCGGAAUAAAACCACACUCUAUACAAAACGAGGCUCUACAUUGGAUGAGGGAAAGCGAAGGAAGAGUAAAAUUUUUAUAACGAAACGUAACAUGACAAUAAAUCCAGUACCUUACCACAACUUUUAAUAUAACUCUUGCAACACUUUACUGCUGGAGCGGUUCGGAACACGAGCGGUGUUGAGCCGCGGUCACGAAGUGGCAGUUUAUAAAACAAGCUCAACGAACGAAUCCACCAAAAGCGGAGACAAACACACUAACAAAGUUUCGCACGAAAGCUCGAGGAAGAAAAAGUUUUGAUAAGUAGAAAAGUCAUCACCAUCGUGAUUGUGCACCAUCCCAUCCCAUCGAAAUGGAUCUGAAGCAUUCCAACGUGCCGGAAGUGACGGUCGUGGCAGAUGCGUACAUGCCCGGUAGCAAGUCGUCGGAUUUGAUCAAACCACCGGCAACAAAUGGAUCGAAUGCGACACUCGACAAACCAGCCCUGCCCGCAGGUGAGUUCCGGAUGUACAAACGGCGCUGGAUAGUGCUGACCAUCUUCGUGAUGUAUUCCGCCUCGAAUGCACUGCAGUGGAUCCAGUACAGUAUCAUCGCCAAUAUCGUGCAGCGAUAUUACAACAUCACCAGCACCUGGGUCGACUGGACGUCGAUGAUUUUCAUGAUCCUGUACAUUCCGCUCAUCUUUCCGGCCAGCUGGAUUUUGGAUAAAUUGGGACUUCGAAUUGCUGCCAUCAGCGGUGUGCUUGGUACGUGCCUCGGUGCUUGGGUCAAGUGUUUCUCCGUCAGCCCGGAUCUGUUCUGGGUGGGUUUUGUGGGCCAGUCGAUUGUGGCCGCCUCACAGGUGUUUAUCCUGUCGCUUCCGGCAAAGGUGGCGGCCGUCUGGUUCGGACCGGAUCAGGUGUCGUCGGCAUGCAGCAUCGGUGUGUUCGGUAAUCAGCUCGGUAUAGCGGUCGGGUUCCUUGUGCCACCGAUGCUGGUGGAAAACCAUGACGACAUCAGCCUCAUUGGUGAUGACCUACGGCUGAUGUUUUACAUUGUGGCCGGCGUCACAACCGUGCUCGUCGUGCUGGUGCUGUUCUUCUUCAAGGCAGCGCCACCGACACCACCGUCCGCUGCACAGGAAGCCACGAAAACGCCCAACCCACUGCAAUCGUCACCGUUCCUGCACUCGAUCAAACGGCUCAUGCUCAACCGGAACUACGUGCUGCUGCUUAUCUCGUACGGCAUGAAUGUGGGAGUGUUCUAUGCUAUCUCCACGCUUCUUAAUCAGAUUGUUCUGACACAUUAUCCCGGACAUGAGGUUGAUGCUGGGCGUAUCGGUGUAUGUAUCGUGUUCGCUGGUAUGCUUGGAUCUGUCGCCUGCGGUAUCGUUCUUGAUAAGACACAUCGAUUUAAAGAAACCACACUGGCCGUGUACAUUUUUACCAUGAUUGGUAUGUGGAUCUACACCUUCACCCUGUCGGUUGGUCACAUUUCGGUGGUUUACGUUACAUCCUCUCUAUUGGGCUUCUUCAUGACCGGUUACCUUCCGGUUGGGUUCGAGUUUGCGGCCGAGCUGACGUACCCGGAACCGGAAGGUACCUCGACCGGGCUGCUUAACGCAGCGGCCCAAGUGUUCGGUAUCACCUUCACCAUGCUCUACUCGGAGCUGCUCAACACGAACGGUGACAUCGUGGCAAACGUAACGAUGGCUGUGAUGCUGCUGGUCGGUUCUGUCGUAACCGCCGUCAUACGGUCCGAUUUGAGGCGUCAAGCUGCCCAAAACCCCAACCCGUAAGCUGCGUGCCAUCGGAACAACCCAUCGCUAAGAUAAGUGAAACUGUUUAACAAUAGGUUAGGGUUCUUGUUGGGACGGUGAAAGAAGAUGACUCUUCCUCUUUAGUUGGCGUUGCUAUUUGUUAACAUUGUUUUCUAUUAUGUAAGUGUUUUAAUUCCUAAUCAGUUUUAUACGUAUAAAUUCCUCAUGUUAAAGUCAAAUGUCAGAAUCGUAUUGAAGAAAUGGGCCAUUUUCACUUGAAUAACCGUCUUGAAUAACACUUUAGCACGAGCACGUGGUGAGUCAUUAAGGAUCAAAAACAAAUCACCCGGAAAAGAACAAGUUGUCGUACAACUUCCCCGGAUGGCGAUUCCGGUUGAAUGGGUGUGCGAUGUUAAACAAUGACUAAAGACUGGUUGAACCUUUGCUUUGCUAAAGCUAAAUGUUACGGCACUUUCCAUCGUGACAAGAAAACUCUUUUACUGUUGAUUUCCGGUCGAAAAACCACCAACUUUCAUGAUGUGAAUCAAUGCAUAGGAUUUUUUUUUAUUGAUAAGCACAAGUAAUGCGUAACGGAGAAAGGCUUCCCUCUGGUGCAAGUUACCAAAGUGAAGCUAAUUUUCCAUACAACUGAACGGCUCAGCACCAUCCACCAAGCGUCAAUUAGAAGUUCGGUUUUCCUUUCUCGUUUCUAAAUAUCGUUGUGUCUUCCAUCCGGUCGAUGGUUUGAAUUUUGAACUUUUCUCCCUCAUCUCCUUAAGUUUUUCUUUCCGGAUUGGCCAACAUUUCCGAUUCGCUCCCAUGAAAUGCCACAGGCAUUCACGCUUUGCUAUUGUUCUGCUUUUAAAAGGACGUUCCUGGUCGUUACACUUUUACACUUUUUGAAGGAUUUUGUAAUGGAAGUUUACUCCAGCUCCAAUCGGAUAAAGAGACCGUAUUCGGGCGGAGCUUUUCUUCUCAUUUUCCAUCCCAUCCAAGUAGCCAUGAUUUGGGACUGUCCAUUUUUUUCGAUAGGAUGUCGUUCGCCAGUGAUACUAACAUCUGUUUAUUUUUAUAUUCCGGCGGUCAUCCUGUUUCAUUUUAUUGCUUCUACACAUCUUAUCCUUCCUGGCGGGUAAAUCUAACCUUCAGAAGCGGAGAAAUGAGGUGGGAAAUAAAAAAGGAAAUCCUUUUCAAGAUAGGAAACCAUUUUAUAGCGCUCUCGUUGUUGUGGUUUGUGAUUUUCGGAAGCUCGGUUCGCUUACGAGAACCUGAGGCGUUUAUGGUGUUUACUGUGGAGCGUAAUUCAUGCUUUAAGCGGGAUCAUUAAAUUUUGUAAAUGAACAAUCCACUACAAAAUUAUGAAAGUUUUCAUCACUUUAAAUUUCUCAGCAAUGAAUGAGAAUAAAAGAAAAGAUGGUCUAAAAGAUUAUCAUGCAAAUAAUCGCUAUACAAAUUUUUGUUAAACAAAGAAGGUAAUUGGGAUAACAUCAUCAAUCUUUCGUUCAACAUUUGAAAUACAAUGAGCU